AUGAGUCGCCCUAACAUCACUCUGUACACAGCGCAGACGCCCAAUGGCAUCAAAAUCUCCAUCGCGCUGGAAGAGCUCGGGCUGCCCUACAAUGUUGAGCAUAUCGAUCUCUCCAAGCUAGAGCAAAAAGAGGACUGGUUCCUCGAGAUCAACCCCAAUGGUCGCAUCCCCGCCCUGACCGACACGUUCAGCGACGGGCAGAAGAUCCGCCUGUUCGAGUCUGGCAGCAUCCUCCAGUACUUGGCCGAGCAGUACGAUCCCGAGCACAAGAUCUCCUUUCCCAAGGGCACGCGUGAGUACUAUGAGAUGAACAACUGGCUCUUCUUCCAGAACGCCGGCGUCGGCCCCAUGCAAGGCCAGGCGAACCACUUCUCGCGGUACGCGCCCGAGCGCAUUGAGUACGGCGUGAACCGGUACAUCAAUGAGACGCGCCGGCUCUACAGCGUCCUCAACAAGCACCUCGCCCAGUCCAAGUCCGGAUACCUGGUUGGCGAUCAUGUCUCCAUCGCCGAUAUCUCGCUCUGGGGCUGGGUGGCGGCCGCCGCUUGGGCUGGUGUUGAUAUCAAUGAGUUCCCGCAUCUAAAGGCGUGGGAGGACCGCAUGGCCCAGCGACCAGGCAUAGAGAAGGGUCGCCAUGUGCCCUCACCGCAUAACGUGAAGGAGCGGACCAAGGAUAAGGAGAGCAUCGAGAAGCAUGCCGCAGAGAUCCGCGCCUGGGUCCAGGAGGGGAUGAAGAGCGAUGCUCAGAAUAAGAGUUGA